GAGCUGGAGAGAAGUCAUCGGCACCAUUACGUGGAGGCAGGGCUGGUGGAUAAGGCAACAGGAUACACAUACAGUAGGAAGCUCAUCACUUUGUCUGGAGAACACAUUUUAUGUCCUUUGUAUUUUCAAAGUAGAGAGACCAGACCAGAUGGCGUGAGGAAGAGAAACACUCCGAUGCCUCUCACAGCUUGAAUGGGGUGCAUUCACAACGGCUGUAUGCCACAGCUCUUCCUCUCCUUUGUUACCAGGGAAAACGCUUGAUUGUAACGUGAGGGUGAUAAUCUUGAGGGAGACAUAGGAAAGCAAGAAGACUAGAGGGAAGUGGCUGAAAGCAGCAGAGGAAGCGGUGAGCCUUGUGACAAUGUUUUGAAGAUAGACGAAGAAAACUGUGACACCCUGUACUGUAUGUUUUUAUCCCAAAGAAUUCUCACCCUUUCAUUAUUGUCACCCUACAAGAGAGGUAGGAAAUAAAAAAGGCCAGUGACAACAACUUCACCUCGUGCAGUGGUAGAUGGUGAUCCAUUGCUUAUGUGAAAGACUGCCAAUUUUUCAUAUACUGUGCUGCACACUGCUGUAGGCAUUGAAAUCUGGAAUUUAUUUUAAAUCAUGACGCUGGAGAAACGAUCAGAAAGUCAAAGCAUGGCAGCACAAAACAUUUUAGAUACAGAGGAGUAGGUGUUGAUAUCUGCAACUGUGUUGACACAGGUCUCAACAAUGACUGACUUGUCUUUGUGAAUGUUUCAACACAAAGAAAACUAAAUCGCCCUGCCUCCAUGCAUAUGCAAGCGAGGAGCUGGUGGGUGACUGUAAUGUGUUAACCAGAGGCGCUGAAGAUUUUUGUAGUAGGAGUUUUUGGGAGUAUAAAGCUCAAAUUAUUUGUCUGGUUUUGAGUGAGUGGAUCAGCCCACUCCUUUGGCCCAUUUAAAAAAAUUCUUUGGACACAAUUUACUGGAUCAUUUGGCAUAAUCUAGCACUUGAUUUCCUGAAUCCCAUCCAACGUUUUAAUAGAUGUAUUACAGUGAAAAGUUCAUGCUUCUCAGAGAGGUCCAACAAUGAGAGCAGUGUUACAUUGAGAUGAGAAACACGAGGACAGUCUGCAGGCUCACAGUAUGCAAUAUGCAUGCAGGGGCUACUGAGAACCAUACACAUGAGAAUCACAGUGAAGUGUGUUGUCUUUCAAGGGUCUGACAGAAAGGAAUACGCCACCCACUCACAAAAAAGAUUCAUGAGGAUGCCUGUGUGAUCCAGACUUACAGAUUCCAGACAAGUUCUGCAAAAUGUCCACAGAUACCAGCGAUCGUCUUCCACUCAAUGUAUAUGUCAUCAUCCUUGGGAUAGGCCUCUUCAUCUUCAUGUUGAGCAUGAUCUUCUGUUGCUACCUGUUCAGAUUGAGGCGACAGGGCACACAGGAACAAUAUGGAUAUAAUGAGGUUGUUUUAAAAGGUCCAGGGAAAAAGCUGAGUCUUCUUGGACAAACCUGUGCCGUUUGCCUGGAUGAGUUUCAGAGCAGAGAUGAACUCGGGGUUUGCCCUUGUUCACAUGCUUUUCAUAAGAAGUGUUUGGUGAAGUGGCUGGAAAUUCGCAGUGUCUGCCCCAUGUGCAACAAGUCCAUCUGCAGGCUCCAGCCAGAUCCUCCACAGGGGGCCGAGGGGCACCAGAACCCCCUGGAAGUGUGACAGAAAAGGUGACAUUGAUGGUCAGAGAAAAGCAAGCUCUCUCCGAGUGCAUCUCACACACCUAACAACAGAGUAAAAAACCACCACACUACUGGAGAGGGUGGAGUAUUUCCAAAAAGAAUCUACCCCUCUUUACCAAUAAACAGAUUUCUCCUGGA